GUGUAAACAAAUGGAACAGAAGGCAUUUCUUUUGAUUUAUUCUAUGUGUUUGACUAGCCAGCGUGAACACCAAGUAAUAGUUUCCUGUAACAGAGAUAAAAGCAGAUGUUUCCAAUUGGGCUCAGAACUUGCGUUCAUUUAAAACACGCUUGGUGGGUUGUGCUGGGGCGCUAUUGUUUUUUUGAUGACUUCCCCUACCCCCAUCUACCCCCUUCUUUCGGAUAGGCGGCGGAUUGAACCCCUGCAGACUAGAGUCCACCUUCAGUUUUUCGGACUUCGUCGAAUUUAGACAAACUUUGCCGUGAGUUGAUCGAGCUCUCUUUAUUCUCUGGCCUCCAGAGGCUGAAACACUGCUCAAAUCACCUCGCGCUGACACUGUUCAGCUUUUCGUUUUGUUUUAGAGCAAAUGAAUUACCAUACACGAUUGUUUGGAGCAAAGUUAUUAGUUUUAUUCAUCAUAAGCUUUUCUCUCACUCAUGGAUACCCGUCAAGUCUGUUCCAGGGCAACGCGUAUUCAGGAGCCGUUCACAGGCACCGAAAUAAAAACUGGUGCGCUUUUAUCGUCCAAAAGAAUGUGAGCUGCGCGGUUCAAGGCAGCGUGGAGAGUCACGUUGAACCUGAAGCCGCGCGCUGUCCUGAGCACCAGCCUGACUGUGAGCCACAAAUGAUAUACCGUACUCGAUUUCGUCCAACUUAUAAGAUAGCAUACAAGACCGUGACUGAAUUAGAAUGGCGGUGCUGUCCAGGAUAUCAAGGUCCAGACUGCAGGGAAGUUAAAGGCUUUCCAAAUGGACAAAUAGCGAAUCCACAAUCAUACCCACAAUAUCCACAGCAUGGACAAACUCGAACUGCACAAAGACCAGAGCGGCGGGAAACUGUACAAUAUGACUUGAGAAGAGGAGCUGACAGAACACGAAUGUUGGAAGAAGAAGUGCAACGUCUCAGCCAGACAGUUCUGGAUCUUCAAGCUGCCAUGACAGGUAUGGCAGAGAACCUGCGGACAGACAUACAAGAGGACACCAGCAAGAUGCUCAUUACCCUCCUCAAUGACAGGACUUCACCUGACAGCGCAAGAACUGGAGGCACAGAAGAGAGUGUGGUGCUUCUUGACGGCCACCAGGCUAUGAGAGGCCAAACUCAUGGAGAAAGAGAAAUGGAAACGGUGAUGGCAAGACUCAAUGACGUCACAGAUGCUCUCAAAACCAAAGACGAAGCUCUUGAGGAAUUGCGGGGAACAGUGACGGGACAUGACAAUCAAAUCCGAAUGCUUAUGGAUAGUGCUUCUCAAAGCCUACCAGUUGCGGGUGAUUCUUCUCAAGAUGUAGACGUCCUUCAGGCUUACGUUGAUGAGAAAUUUGAGAAGCUCAAGAAGGAUUUUGUUGUAAACUUGGAAGACGAGAUGACCAAACUGAAAACGGCAUGUGAUGAAAAGAUUCAGUCUCUUCAAAAAACAUGUGAAGAAGGACAGGAGAACGGCUACGGGAGCCUCACCAAUCUAGUGAACAACAAGGAAGCUGAGCUUAGAAAGGAGAUUCGUGAGCUCCGAUUGGAUUUGUCCAUGUCUGAUGGUCUCAUGCCCACAAACCGCCAAACGACCAUUGGAAAAACUGAUGGUGACUACAGUGACUUGAGGAGGGAAAUAGCUCGAGUGGCAGAGGCUCAUCGGGUCCUCAAUGCCAGAAUGGACAAUGAGCUUGAGCAUCUGUCCUCACUGAAGAUGGAAGAUAUAAUCGGUUCACGCCUGGAGGACCUGGAGGACAGGAUGAACGUCACUGAGAGGAACGCAGAGACUUAUUGUUUCUAUGUGGAGGAAAAACUUACCAAGGACAUAAUGAAUGAAGUAGCUAUGUUACAUCAACUUCUUGAUCAGAAACUGGAUGGUAUUCAGGAUCAGUUCACUUCCAUGUUGAUUGAAAUGAACAACAAUUCCUUUCCUCUGAUUUCAAGUGAUUCUGUUGAUGCACUUCAAACUCAGGUUACUGCAAACAAGUUCCUUAUACAGGGGUUAGAGGACAAGUUUAGUACACUUGGGCAAAAUUGUUCUACCAACUGCAAAAGCAACCAACCCUCUGAUUCCAAAAAGCCUGAAGGUCUAGAAAGUGUUGUGAAGGAUGUGACACUCUGCAGAAAUGAUCUGGAUGUUUUGCGUUCUGAUUUUGUAAACAGCAUAGCAAAGAUCCACGCAUUAGAGGAUACUAUUAGGAUGUCACCUGAAAAACAAUUCAUCAAUGCCCAUAUGCAGGAUACCGGCAAAAGACUUCAUGCUUUGAGUGACAAUGUAAUUGGCUUGUCUGGGGCAAUAACAGGAUUGGGAGACACGGUUAGCAAAUUUAGCCAAGACCUUCACACUUUGAAUUCCACUUGUUGCCAAACAGGGCAGGUUGACAAUCCAUCUCUUCAGGCAGAAACUGGCAGACCAAGCCACAACCAGAUUGCGGAGCUAAAAGACAAACUGGAUGCACUGAAUGUCCGAGUGACCACAGAGUUGAGUAUGUGUAAAGUCAACACAACUGGAGUAGCUGAGGGUGUCUCUGCAGUGGAUGACAGGGUGAAGGCUCUGGAGAAGAUCUGCAGACGGCUUGACGGUGGAGCGAGCAAUAUCCAAGACCUUUCGGGGGAAUUGGAGAGGAAGGUGGCACAAAUGAAUAACACCCUGGGAAGUCAUUCAGGAGAGAUCUUAACUCUUCAGAACUCCCUUCUGAAUUUUCACAGCCAGCUAGCAGGACUGGCUAAACAGAUUCAUAAGGACCAUACGAGUAAAGAACAAGGACUGCCUGUUCGGCAAGAGAAACCAGUGUCUGUCCCUGACACUAGAGCUCCAACAAAACCCAUGAGACCAUAUGCUCCUCAUAUCAACAUACCAUUGAUCAUACCCCACAGGACAGUGCCAGCACCCACCGGCCAUCCCCAUGUGCGCCAGCAGCCGCACGUCCCACACCGACCCUACUACCCUCAGCCACCCAGUAACCCAAGACGUCCCAUCUACCACAUACAACCCCAGCAACCAGUCAUCCACGAGCCUGUGGUGGUCACCGGACAGGCUGGUCCACCUGGGUAUGUGCGCAGGGUCACGGUCAGACGGGAUCAGAGCUCAGAGGACACCAAAACACCUGUUACAGGAUUUGCAGGAGCUCCAGGUUAUCCUCCUGUCAACCCUGUCUCAUAUGAUACCAAACAGCCUCCUCCAGCAGCUGUCAAUGUCCCAUGGAGUCCUGCGCAUCAAAGACCCAUUGCUGCUCCAGUGUCACAGCAGAACUCGGUGAUGGACCCAUUUUCUUUCUCUGCUGGUCUCACACGUCAGACUUUCUCUGGGGACUUCGGCAUCAUUGCCUUUGACAGAGUGCUGGUCAACGAUGGAGGACACUAUAACCCUCAGACAGGGAUCUUUACGGUGCCCACUGACGGCCGUUAUCUGGUGACGGCUGUUUUAUCCGCCCAGCGGGGUGAGCAUGCAGAAGCUGUGCUCUCAGUAUCCAAUCGCAGCGUGCAGAAGUUGGACACGGCGGGUUACUCGAGUGGACACCUGCGACUGACCCAAGAUCAGUGUGCAUGUGGAGGGUCAGCGUCUUUCAGCCUCAUCCUCCCGCUCCACAGAGGUGACACCAUGGCCUUGGUCCGCACUGCUGGUAAGCUGGCGGUCUCCGAAUCAAGAGAGAUCCUCUCCACCUUCAGCGCUAUAUUCCUCUACUCGCCUCAAGCGAAGAGAUAACCCUGUCACUGCGGAGAGGGUGACCGAUGUGACUUUUAACGAAAGUCUAACCAUUCACCAUGCUGCCUCACAAGUAAAGGAGUGGCCAUUUUACUAAACUUCCAGCACAAUGUUUGAUGAGGUUAUGAAUUACGCAAAGGGAAAUUUCUGCUGUUCAGUGAAAUUUCAGAUUCUGGAUUCCAACUGAAAUGGCUGGAUUUCACUCACUCAUUUGCAAAAUAACACGUUAUUCAAGGGAUAAGCCACAAAAAAAAUGAUAUUAAGUCAUUGUUUAUUCACUCUGGUAUAGAAGCUUGAUUCUGCCAGUGAAUUUAAUUCAAAUAUUUUUUAUUUAUAUAGUGCUUUUACAAUGUAGAUUGUGUCAAGCAGCACAACAUAAACAAAGAAAAGAGAAUAGAAAAGAAGUUAUUUGCUAUUUUUUAGCUCACACUUUUGACCUUUUAUACUCGUAACUCUUGCUGUUAUAAAAUCUCAAUCGUAAGAUAGGGUGGUGCAGUGGGUAGCAGUGGGUAGUCUCACUGCAAGAAAGUCACUGGUUCGAGCUUCGCCUGUGACAGUUGGUAUUUCUGUGUGGAGUUUGCAUGUUUUCUCCGUGUUCGUGUUGUUUUCCUUAGGGUGCUCAGGUUUUCCUCACAGUCCAAAAACAUGUGCUAUAAGUGAAUUGGGUAAGCUAAAUCGUCCAUAGUGUACGUGUGUGAAUGAGAGUUUUCCAGUGAGGAGUUGCAGCUGGAAGGGCAUCCGCUGCGUGAAACAUAUCCUGGAUAAGUUGACGGUUAAUUCUGCUGUUACUACUCUAUAUUAAUAAAGGAACUAGGCCAAAAAGAAAAUGAAUGAAUGAAUGAAUCGUAAGAUAUAGAUUUGUAAUUCUAAGAAACUCAGAGUGAAACUGCAAGUCUAUACCUUUAUAUUUUUAACAGUUGCAAGUUAUAAAGCAAGAAUUGUGUGCUAUAAACUCAGUUGUGAGGGGAAACAAUUGUAUUUUGAGAUAAAAUGGUCACAAAUACCUUAUUUUUUAUUCAGGGUUUGAAAUAGCUUGGGAUGGAAAUGUAUCCUGGUGUUGUUUUGGGCCCAAUCCUAAUUCUACUCCUUAUCCGUUUCCCUUACCCCAACACCUCGUUUUGCACUUUCACAAAAAGAGGUAGGCGUGUGCGUGUCCCAAUACUUUUUAGCUUGAAGAAGUAGAGCUAGAUAGCCCUUGAAAUGGAGAUUUUCCAGGACCACUCUCGAAACCAUUCAUAAAAGCGUUCGUGUUUUACAAUCAUGCUUUUAAAAAAGAAAACGAAAAAAAUAAAAAACAUUUCACUAUAAUCCAUAAUAAUAACUCCUGUAUAGCAGUCCCACAACAUACUUACACGUGACACUCAAAUACCCU